AUUUAUACAUUUUACCAUGCAUUUGAAAUGAAGAGGCAGGCAUGGUGAUCCGUCUCUAACUCCAAAUAAAUAUCUUGAAUUGAAUGGUUCCCUUCAUAUAUCAAUUUUUUUUCCGCACCAAAAGUAGACAACCUGCUUAUCAAUUUCUUUUUUUUUUUUUUUCUGAGUAAUUUACUCCAUGAAGAACACUUCGACUACUCGCCAUUUCGUCGUUGAAAAGCCACUCUUCCUCGGCGUUAUCCUCACCAUUGCCAUGACCGGUGCCCUUCUCAUCACCGGCUUAAGCAAAACAAUCAACACCUCGUUCGCUUGCCUCUACACCAGAGACGGUGCCGUUGCAUCCGCCGCCGCCAUGCGUACCCAGCUCCUCGCCGUCAUCCACUACGCCACCUCUAAGGACAUCCCCGCAAUAACCUUCCCCGAAAUUCGCGCCUCCUUCGACGUUCUCCUCAACCUCGCCCCGUGCAACUUCCUCGUCUUCGGCCUCGGCCACGACUCCCUCAUGUGGGCCGCUUUGAAUCCACGUGGCACUACCUUAUUCCUCGAAGAAGAUCCCAAACUCGUGCACAAAAUCCUCGCACGCGCCCCUGCGUUGCGUGUCCACACGAUAACCUACAGCACACAGCUCUACGAGGCUGACCAUCUCAUCAACUCUUACAAGUCCGAGAAAAACUGUUUGCCUCCGCAGGUGCACCUCCGAGGCAACGCCAGGUGUAAGUUGGCGUUGAGCGAGUUGCCGGAUGACGUGUAUAACAGAGAGUGGGAUGCUAUAUUCAUAGAUGCGCCACGUGGUUAUUACGCGGAGGCGCCGGGGAGGAUGGCGACGGUGUUCACAGCUGCAGUCAUGGCGCAUCGGAGAACGAGGAGCGGUAUGACGCACGUGUUCUUGCACGACGUAGAUAGGAAGGUGGAGAGAAUGUACGGGGAGGAGUUUUUGUGUAGGAAAUAUUUAGUGAAGGCGGUGGGGAAAUUGUGGCAUUUUGCGAUACCGCCGGGGGUUAAUGUGAGUAAGACUAGGAGCAAGCGGACGCUUGGGACGCCGCCGUUUUGCCAAGAUUGAAGUAGGAGAAGGUAGAUCAAUUUAUUCCUUCAGAUUAACGAUUUUUUUUUUUUUUUUUGGAGGAUUGAGCUCUACAGUAGGAAAUAUAGCUUCUGUUUUUGUUGUUUUAAAAAUGAAGUUAAAUUUGCUAUAUAGAAUGUCGUUUUUUAUUGUAGAUUGAUCAUAAAUAAAGUUGGUAUUGUUUUACUGCA